UAUAUAUAUAUAUAUAUAUAUAUAUAUAUAUAUAUAUAUAUAUAUAUAUAUAUAUGUCACGAAUAAAGCGUUAACUUGGCUAGUUUAUAAACCAGCUUAUUAAUUAAUAAGGAUGGCUUCUAAAAAACGAAACGUUGAUACAGAGUGUCGAAAUUUUAAUGAUGAUUGGAAAUGGAAAUAUUUUUUUACGGUAGUUAAAGAGAAAGCUGUGUGUCUCAUUUGUAACUCUAGUGUGGCAGUUUUUAAAGAAUACAAUUUAAAAAGACAUUUUGAAACGAAACAUGAGAAUUAUGCAAACAGUUUAAACGAAGAAGACCGAAAAAAACAUUUCGAAGAUUUGGCCACAAAAUUGUCUCGUCAACAAAAUAUAUUUGUAAAACAAAAUCGCUUGCAAGAUUCGGUGACGGAAGCAAGCUUUUUAAUAGCUAAACGUAUUGCUGAAUGCGGAAAACCUUUUUCUGAAGGAGAAUUUUUAAAGAAAUGCAUGUUGGAUGUUUGUAACGUGUUAUGUCCAGAACUUAAAAAUAAAUUCGAAAAUAUAAGCCUAUCUAGGCAAACUAUUGCCAGAAGAGUAGAAGAUUUAAAUGUGGAUAUAACUAACCAAUUAUCAUAUAAUAUAGAGUCAGCCAAUUUUUAUGCAAUAGCUCUGGACGAAAGUUGCGAUGUAAAAGAUACUGCACAAUUGUUAAUUUUUAUCAGAGCUAUAAAUGAUGAUUUUAAAAUCUUGGAAGAAGUUUUAGAAAUUGUUCCAAUGAAAGAUACAACAACGGGCGAAGAUCUGUUCCAGGAAAUUGAAAAGUGUUUUUUAAAGUACCAUAUUGACUGGAAAAAAUUGGUGAAUGUUACAACAGACGGAGCACCAAACAUGACAGGAAAAAAUAUUGGAGUAAUUAAACGCAUUGAAGAUAAAAUUUUCGAAAUCGAUCCCGAUCAUAAAAUUAUACCAAUACACUGCAUUAUUCAUCAACAUGUCCUAUGUAAAAAUGUUUUAAAAAUCGAUCAUGUUACCAAAAUAGUUGUAAAAUUAGUAAAUUUCUUAAGAGCCAAAGGAUUAAAGAACUUGAAGAACUUAAUACCACAUAUUCCGAUGUAAUAUACUACAAUAAAAUCCGUUGGUUGAGCUUGGGAAAGGUAUUAAAGCGUGUGUGGGAGCUUCAAGAGAAAGAAAAUGAGGAGUUUCCUGAAUUAACGGAUCCAGAUUGGCUUGGUGAUUUGGCUUUCUCUCUAGACAUCCUCACAUAUUUAAACGAAUUCAACACAAGUUUACAAGGAAACAAAAAUUUGCUUAUGAUUUAAUGCAGAAAUUAAAAGCUUUUAAAAUGAAACUUCUACUUUUUUCCACAAAUCUUGCUGAAAGCAAAUUUGAUCAUUUCCCAUCCUUAAAGACCAUUUCCGCAAUAAUUUUAAAAGAAAAAGCUCAAAUGUAUACUGAAAAUAUUCUGGCAUUACGACUUGAUUUUGAAAACAGAUUCGAAUGUUUUAACAGAAUAGAUAAAAUAUUGUCGAUUGUUAGAAAUCCAUUUACUGCAAAUAUUGAAGAAGCUUCUCCAGAUAUUCAAUUAGAAUUAAUUGCAUUACAGUGUGAUCAAUUAUUGCAUGAUAAAUAUCGAGAAGAGGAAGAUAAUUUGUGUAAUUUUUAUAAGCAAUUGGAUAGUAAAAAAUAUGUAAAUCUAAAAAAUCUUGCCAAAAAAUAUUUAGUAAUAUUUAGUUCAACUUAUAUUUGUGAACAGACAUUUUCUUUAAUGAAUCACAAUAAAAGUCCUACAAGAUCGAGAUUAAAUGAUUUACAUUUGGAGGCUGUAUUAAGAUUAGCCACCACAGAAAUUAAA